CGGCCGGGAUGUCUGGCGGUGGAAACUACCAAGAGUUCAAAACAGUGGAGAUGCAGCAGCAACAGGAGCUGGAAGAGAAGAGCAAGGGAAAUCCCGGCGCUGGAACAGCGCAGGAACCGGAUUCAGGGUCCUUUCUGCCGUCUGCUCCCAAGACCCUGCUGUACCCGCGUCCUCACGCCGACCCCUACGAUUCAAGGAAAUACUUCGCCACAAGGCCCGGAGCCUUUGACCAAGCCAUGGAUGACCUCAGGGCCCAUGUGACAGCAAACAUGGGGGAAACGGCCCACAGCUUCUGGCUUCUGGCUGAGAUAGACCACUGGAACAACGAGAAGGAGCGUGUCGUGGUCAUCACAGACUCCGCCCUCCUGGUCUGCAAAUACGACUUCAUCAUGCUCAAGUGCCUGGAACUGCAGAGGGUUCCCCUGAGCUACAUCAACCGCAUCUGCCUGGGUCCUUUCACCUUUCCAGAGAAGUCCUUGGACAGGAGAGAGGGAGAAGGCCUGAGGAUCUUCUGGGACAAACAGCGAGAGCCAUCUCUCCUGGCACGCUGGAACCCCUUCUCCACCGACAUGCCUUACACGACCUUCACAGAGCACCCGGUGAAGAACAUCAACCAGAGGUUUAGCACCAUCUGCCAGAUCUCCGCCUUCACUGCUCAGCUGGUUCAAGCAGUCCAGAAUGCCGAAAGAAUGGAUCCCACAGCUGGCCGAACUGCCGGGGUCGAGGUAGCACACGAGCCCCUCCUGAUAGAGACCUACACAGGGCUGAUGUCUUUCCUCGGAAACCGAAACAAGCUGGGUUAUUCCCUCGCUCGGGGGAGUUUUGGCUUCUGAACGUCUGGCCAAUUGGGGUUUUUUUUUUUCCUUUCCCUUUUGCGGUGAAUGUGUUGUGUUUAUUCCCCUUGCACCUUGAAAUGUUGCUAAAGAGGAUGGGGGUUGUUAAUGAAAGGGCUGUGAGAUGCAACACCCCCACCUGGCCUUAUAAUGUGUGCUGAGUCCAACCAUUUAGCUCAUCGUGGACAUCAUCUCAGGCUGGAAGCAGCUCUCCAAGGCUGCAAACUUUCCCCAGCUAUACCCUGGGGAUACUGGGGAUUGAACCAGACACCUUCUGCAUGCAAAGCAGCUGCUCUGAGCUACCGUCCUGGAAUGGCAAAACCUCCUUUUCAGGGUUCAGGGCCACACAGGAUUUAACCACGGGGUCUGGAAAGACCUCCCCUGUUGAAAGGAGCCACAGUUCUCUAGAAGCCUGAAAACUGCCUGCAAGCCAAUGGCCCCUCUAGUCCAGCAU